UUGGCUCCUCCAGGACAAGAUGACGAUACUUCAAACCACUUCCGGUACGGGAGACUUUCACAACAAAAGACGUUAGACACUGAUCCUCAAAAAAGUUUAUCAGGGAAUUUUCUUCAUUUCUUUUCAAUAUUGACAUCAUACAACUUAAACAAUAAUGGUUCAUCUAUAAACCUUUGGCUACAAUAUACAGGAAUACAUAUAUAUGCUUUUGUUUUCACAUAAGAAGCAAAGGCUCCCGGAAGUUGGCUUCUGUGAUGAACGAAUAUUGAUUAAUCAAACUGGAAGCACCGCCUUCUCUGCCGGAAACGCUAUAGUUACGUGACGUCACAUCAUGGUCCCACGGGAGCCAGGAGGGGACGAGAACAGACGCGUGUGUCGUCACGGCGGUGACGUCAUCAGAGCGCUCAGCUGACAACAAACGGCUUUUGACAACAAAUAAACAGUAAAUGGUCACAAUUCACAAAGACAGAAAACCAACAUUUUCUUGUGAACCUCUUCAUUUCAUUUCUGGUUGUCCUGGAUGUGAGAACAACAACAUCAGAGAACUUGAAAGGGGUAGAAUGAAAGAUAAAAGGAGAUCAAACAUAGAUAAUGGCCCAGUUCCAUUUCGAUAGUUAGGACAUAAUGCAAAUCAGCCAGCAUUGUCAGGGCCUCUUUUUUUGUUAUUGCCUGCCAUCUAGUGGCCACUCAGCAGAACUACAUGUGUCAUCAUGGCGGACGAGAAAGUAAACAGCACAAAAAAGAAGAGCAGAACAGACAAACAAAAACGUUUCUCAGAAACACUUCGCGCACGAACAGAUUGGGAAUAUCAAUUAUUGAUCCAAACCACACAAUCUGAGUUUUUCCUAACUUCCUGAAAAAACAACACACACAAUACACUUUUAACUUUCUGUAAGAACAAACAAACUCUUAACUUCCUGGACUAAUUCUUUAGGCAGCAUGGGGGGCGUGGCCAUGCUGCAGCAGGUGGAGCCUGGAGAUUUGGUAGCUUCUUAUGAGGCUGAUUAGCAUUAAGAAGAUUUGGAGCACAUGACGGCUGCUGAACUUCUACUCAGAUUUAGUAUUUGCUCCUUAGUCCCGUCGUGAAGACCGGUGUUCUGCUGCUGGACGUUGCCAUGGUAACCCUUACCUUCGUUCUAUGGACCUUUCAACUGAAGUUCUCUACAGGAACAGAUCUUCCAGCUGAACAACCAUGAAAAUAAAUGUGAGCUAAAUACAAUAUUGGCAGGAAAGUUGGACAUGACACCUUUAGAGGCCACAUCCUGCUUGCGUGACGAAACAUCACCUUGAAACACUUGCUAAGCUUCUUAGGAGAGGAGCAAACACCACACCUUUGCUACAGAUGGACAUAUGACGUUCUUGUAUCAUGUAUAACCUCGCUCACGUAUGACCUCGCUCACAUAUGACCUCGCUCGCGUAUGACCUCGCUCAGGUAUGACCUCGCUCAGGUAUGACCUAGCUUACGUAAAUUUGAUGCUUAAGUAUAACACAUCAGUAUGAUGUAUAAGUAUAACGUAUGAUGUAUGAUGCUCAAGUAUAAUGUAUGACGCUCAUUUACAACUUAUCAUGCUUAAAUAUUAUGCCUACGUAUGUUGCUUAAGUAUGAUGCUCAAGUAUAAUGUAUGAUGUUUAAGUGUAAUGUAUGAUGCUCAAGUAUGGCGCUUAAGUAUGACAUUUAAGUAUAACGUAUGACACUUAAGUAUAAUGUUUGGCGCUCAAGUAUAACGUAUGACGCUCAGGUACAACGUAUGAUGCUCAAGCACAAUGUAAGACACUCAGGUGUAACAUAUGACGCUCAAGUACAUUGUAUGAUGCUUAAGUGUAAUGUAUGACGCUCAAGUAUGGUGCUUAAGUAUAACGUAUGACACUUAAGUAUAACGUAUGACACUUAAGUAUAAUAUAUGACGCUUAAGUAUAACAUAUGACGCUCAAGUAUACUGUAUGACACUUAAGCAUAACGGUAUGACGCUCAAGUAUAGUGCAUGACGCUUUAAGGGGCUGUUUGCAACUUGCUCACAGUUACAUUUUUCAAAGUAAAAAAUACAACAAGAACAACAUUGGCUAACUUGUGUCACCAUUAGUGGUUUACCAGCACAUGUUUGUUUUACAAAUGUCUAUAGUUUUCUCAAUUACUAAGUAUAUGUGAUAAAAAAAAAAAAGAGAAAAUAUCUUGUAUACGGCAGUCACUCACCAUGUCUCAUCAAGAAGUACGCGCAGAAAGCGUGUGCACACACACUUAAACAGUCCAAGAGAAGCAAACUAAUAAUUUGAAGUUAUGUUGUUAUGAUAGAAUAUACAUUCAAUGACAGCUAACGCUAGCUAUCCAAAUUGCAUUUAUUAGCUAACAUCAGCCAAAGCAAAUGCGCGUGCAUGUGUUACGUACAUAUGGAAUUAUGUCAUUACAUACGAGAAGUGUGUCAAAUACAUUGGAAAGUUAGCGCCUCCAGGCAUCUGUGUAAAUGUUGCAAACAGCCCCUUUUAAGUAUAACAUAUGAUGCUCAAGUAUGACACUUAAGUAUCACGCUCAAAUAUAACGUAAUGGCGCUCAAGCAUAACAUAUGACGCUCAAGCAUAACAUAUGAUGCUCUCAAGUAUAACAUAUGACGCUCACGUAUGACACUCAAGUAUAACAUAUGAUGCUUAAAUAUACCAUAUGAUGCUCACGUGUGAAGCUCACAGAUGGAGGUUACUCACUGUGGUAGUUCUAUGUUGGAAGUUGAAUCAAUUAUGAUCAGCUGGGUGGAGCUAACGAUACUAAGGUGGAAUUUGAUUGGAGCAGACAGUCUGCCAAAAACCACCCGCGCUUGCCCAUUGUGCCCUCGAUUUACAAACUGAUGAUGCUGUUGCUGAGUUGCAAGGUUCCCUGUCAGAGAACCAAGAUGGCUGCCAGAACAGCGUGUGGCUGCUGGGCCCGCUGGUGACCGUGCACAUGUGAUCCAAACAUCAUGGCGGUCUGCAAAGUGACCUUCAGCAAGGCAGAGAGAGAGAAGCUCGCUGAGAUCCUCUGCUUGCUGAACUGGGUCUCGGUUGUGACCGGCGCUGCCCUCUUUUGGGUGGGCUUGUUCCUGAAAGUGGAGCUCCAAAAAUGGCAGGAAGUGAUGUCGGACCAAGGCGUCUUCCAUGUACCACACAUUUUGAUCGCCACGGGCCUGGCGGCCUGCGGCAUCAACUUCCUGGGCGGCAAGAUUUGUCUGGACUGUGCUGACAGCAAGAAGUUCCUGCGUUGGAAGCUGGUCAUGAUGCCCUAUGUGGCCUGCACCUUCUUCUUCACAUUCUGCGUCCUGGUGGGGGCGCUAAUGUGCUACAGUGUUGGCGACCAGCUGCAGGAGUCGCUCUUCCUGGGACUGCGGCACGCCAUGCGCCACUACAAGGACACUGACACACCUGGUCGCUGCUACCUGAAGAACACCCUCGACUUGCUGCAGAUCCAGUUCCAGUGCUGCGGAAACUCAGGAUACCGGGACUGGUUUCAGGUCCAGUGGAUCAGUAACCGCUACCUGAAUAUGAGCAGCAGCACCGUAAGAGAACGUCUAAGGAGUAACGUGGAAGGGAAGUACUUAAUGGACGGCGUCCCGUUCAGCUGUUGCAGUACUUUCUCUCCUCGCCCGUGCAUCCAACAGCAGGUCAGCAACAGCUCUGCCCACUUCAACUACGGCCCACAGAGUCAACAACAGAACCUGUGGGGAGAGGGCUGCCGGCAAGCCUUGCUGGACCACUACACUGGCAUCAUGCAGUCCAUAGGCGUCGGCGUGCUGCUCAUCUGGUUAUUUGAGCUGUUGGUUCUGACGGGGGUCCGUUUCCUGCAGACGGCCAUGGAGAAUGUUCUCCUUCAGGAGGAUCCAAACUCGGAGGUGGCUGGCUGGAUUCUGGAGAAUAGCCUGGCAGAAACAGCCCGAUCCAAUGUAAAGAUCAUCAAAAGCUUGGGGAAGUGUUACCAGGUGGACGACGACCCCAACCUGAAUGUCUCUACGGGGUCGCCGUCGGCCUUUCAGGUCCAGAUGCCAGGUGGACAGGCAUGAAGUGGACCCCGGAGGGAACUACAACUGACCUCUGACCUCCCAUGAAGCAGCCAACAGGUUCAAACGGUCAAAUGGAUCAACGAGUCAAACACAAGUGACCUUGUAACCACUUUGACAAUGAUAUCGCUCACCUGUCGCCAGUCAAUUAUUUUCAUCCAUUUAUCUUAGCUUAGUUCGAGCCAACCUUUUUUGUUGAAAAAACAUUUUAAAUGUAACUUUUAUGUCAUUUCCCUGCAAAUAAAAAUGCUGAUUGUGA